GAGCCAGCUAAAUCCCCACAUAACAACUCAGGCAGGCUGCAGUGAGGAAAGUGUUGCUGUUCGAGGAGAGCUGGAAGUUGGUGGUUAAGUACGUGUCAGCUGAGGCCAUUGAUCGACCAUCAGAGACAGGGCGUAACAUUUUUGGAGGCUCCGCUGAGAUUGCUGCUCAGAUGUCCAGUUUCCACAUCCUGGUCGCUGAAUUCCGAGCCAGCUAAAUCCCCACAUAACAACUCAGGCAGGCUGCAGUGAGGAAAGUGUUGCUGUUCGAGGAGAGCUGGAAGUUGGUGGUUAAGUACGUGUCAGCUGAGGCCAUUGAUCGACCAUCAGAGACAGUAAGGACCAUCUAAUUCAGAGUCAACUCCUGCACAGUAAAAGUUCCUCCUGUUCUGUCAACAUGACGACCGCCUUGGAAGAACUACAGGAAGAGGUAGUAGGAGAAUUGCACACCCUGACUAAAGACAAGUUACUAGAGAUAUGUGAUUUCCUUGACAUCUCAGGUGAACAGAGAAGAGAUGUUCAAGACAAAUCCCACAUAUCAUUGAUUACUCACAUUAUGAUGUUCCUUGAAAGAGAGGAAGUUGCAGAGUUAGAAGAUGGCGGCAUGUCGGAAUUGUUGCUACUUAAAGACAAAAUGACAGAGAUGAUCAGUGGCGUAGAUAACAAAACAGGGCAAACUGACCAUGAUAUUGAAACAGCCGGAACACAUCACAGAAUAGAGGAACUGAGAACUGCAACCCCACAACAAGGGGUGGGAACUGAGCAGAUUACUGCAGCCAAAGCCAGUGAUUCUCUGCGUCAGCCCCAAACCCAUGCUAAUCUUCAGGUGAGCGUGCCGCUCUCACCCAGUGCACAGCCCAGCUCAUACUGGCGCAAAGAGUUUAACAUUUCUGGUCAGAUAGGUGAACCGGGCCAGAAAGAUAAACAGAUUUUUUCCAGCCUUGCCCAUCAGAUCGAGAAUGGACUUAACAGAGGCUAUCCUGAGGUAGAAAUAGUAGACGCAGUAGUCAGGGCUAUUUCUCCAAGCUCACGGCUACGCAGCUACUUGGAGGGUAAACCCCAGCUAACUCUUCCCACACUUAGAUGUAUCCUGCAUUCCCACUUCCAAGAGAAGAGUGCAACAGAGCUUUACAAACAGCUAGCUUCAGAAGCACAGCAUAGCAAGGAGACCCCUCAAAGCUUCCUGAUGCGCGUCUUAGAUUUGAGGCAGAAAGUACUGUUUGCAUCCCAGGAGUCAGAAUCAGGGCUUAAGUAUGACCCUGCUCUAGUCCAGCGCAUGUGUUUACACACAGUCCUUACAGGUCUCCAGAGUGACAGUAUCAGGAUAGACAUGCAGCCUCUCCUGCUAGAUAGCGAAACAUCAGAUGAGGUUUUGCUAGAGAAGCUUAACAUUGCUUGUGCUAAUGAGAUAGAAAGACGAAACAAAAGGCGGUUUAAUUCCCCACAGCCUGCUACAAUGGUAAGUGUAGUCCAGUUAGAAGAUACGCCAUCUGCAAAGAGUCCUGUGAAGGAAGCCAAAGCUAAGAUACCCGCAGAACUGUUAACAGAGUUAGCUGAACUUAAGACAGGUGUAGCUUCUCUAAAAGGUCUCAGUGCAGAGAUUGCUCAGAUUAAGCAGACAUUACAGCAGCCUAUGUUUCAGUCACCGCCUUGUGCCUAUGCCCCACCUCCAGUUAGGAGGCCAGAUAGGGACCCCCAGCCACCUGUUUCCCAGCAGAACUAUUACAGCAACUACAGUCAGCCCCAAGCACCUGACCCUGCGCAGCAUCAAUAUGCACCUAACCUGUAUACCAACCGUUCUGCUCAAGCUCCAAGGAGGUGUUUUGUCUGCCAGCAGGCCAGAACAGAUGCACACUGCACACACUGCUUCCGAUGUGGGAGUGGAGAACAUUUUCAAGUGGGAUGUAAAAUCCGGGGAGUCAGACCAUCAAGAGAGGCCCCUUUAAACGGGGAAGGGUUACCGCUGAGGGACAAGUGUUAA